GAACGCAAGAUGAUCCUCACAACUUGCGCCGCCUGUGCCGCCCCACUGGCCCACGACGCGCCGCGAUGUGUUAGAUGCAAGCUCAGAUACUGCAACAAAACUUGCCAACAUGACCACUGGCGCCGCGGCCACAAGCAGAUGUGUAAGAAAAUACACCGCGGCGGCAACGCUGAGCAAUACCACGCCGACAAAAAAUACAAGGAGGCCGUCGCGGAGGCCGUCGAGGCGUGCGCCGAGGACACGAAGGGGCAGACGUGCUACAUCUGCACGCAAGCAUUGCAUUGGAAAACGAAGGAAGGCCUCGUGCGCGGGUGCGCGUGCCGCGGAACGGCGGGGUUCGCGCACGUGUCGUGCCUGGCGGAGCAGGCGAAGAUUUUGAUGGACGAGGUCGAGGAGAACAAUUUGGGCACCAAGGCGGUGAUUGAGAGGUUUGGGCGGUGGGAUACGUGCAGCCAGUGCGAGCAACACUACCACGGCGUCGUGCGGUGCGCGCUCGGGUGGGCGUGCUGGAAGACGUACGUAGGGCGGCCUGAGGCGGACAUGCUUCGGCUCGGCGCAAUGGGAGCGGUUGGGAACGGUUUAUCCGCUGUAGAACGCAACGAGGACGCGUUAACCGUGAGAGAGGCCGAGUUGGCUACGAAACGGCGCCUAGGCGGAUCGGAAGUACAUAUGCUCGCCGCGCAGAGCAAUCUUGCAGUUGCGUAUGAAAAGACUGGGCGGCUCGAAUCGUCCCUAGAGAUUAAGCGAGACGUAUACUCCGGACGUUUGAAGCUCAAGGGCGUGGAACAUGAAGAUACCCUCCGAGCAGCCAACAACUACGCGGCGUCCCUUCUUGGUCUAAAGCGCUACGAAGAAGCCAGGUCGCUCUUGCGGGAAUUAAGACCGGUGGCGCAACGUGUUCUUGGCGAGAGCAACGAACUCACGCUCAGGAUGAGGUGGGUUUACGCGCGGGCGCUCUACCAGGACCCCGCCGCCACGCUCGACGACCUCCGCGAGGCAGUGGCGACGCUCGAGGAUAUGGCACCGACCGCGCGGCGCGUGUACGGUGGCGGGCAUCCACUCGCCUCGGCGAUUGACGACGAAUUGCAAGACACGCGAGCCGCGCUCCGCGGUGCGUAA